GGGUGAUCCGAACUUCCGGUGAAAGAGGAGAAGCAUCUCACACGAUUAAUUACUCUGACCAGGCCCUUCGUCACUCACCAUACUUAGGUGGUUGGGCGGGCGUUUUUAGUAAAAAUCAUGGCUAUGUAAAACAGAACGAGAGACUCGAUUAACUUCCUAAGGGAUUUGAAGUGACUUGGCUUCAGACUUUGGUUUGUCGAACCGCCCAUCGUCAGAGCUACAGGUUGAGUGAGAGACGUUACCUUGCAAUUGCCAGCUAGUAGUUAGCUAGCUAAAGACGCAACUAGCUGUUCGCCGAUCUAGGCCGCCUCUAAAUUAGACCCGGUUGUCCGUUUCAACAUGUCAACUGCGGGGGUUAAUUCGCAGAACGGGACUGGGACGGGACAGACGUACACGAACGGUCCGACACAAGCUCCAGCAUCCUUGCAUCAGGUGCCGGGGAUCGGCUCUGGCAUGACACACCAACCAGCCUACAAUCCACUGCAGGCCAAAGCUCCCACCCCGCCUGGACUUUACCCGUAUCAGCCUGUUCCCUCGUUCAAUUCCUCCCCUUCAGUUCAGCCGCUGCUGUCCAGUCCUAUAGUCGGACGGCCUCCGUCCCAUACCCCCCCUCUGUCUGCCAGCCCCAGCCCUGGUCCGAGGCUGCCCCCUGGACAUGCCACUCCUCCUCCUCUUGCUGCUGCUGUGUCUUCUAGUAGUUAUUACCCGGGCUCCCAACACUCCAUGGCUCCAACAUGGCAGUUCAAUACAGCUCCCCAGCUCCCGGGCUCGGUCGCUCCUGCAAAUGUGCCCUUUAGAGGCACUGUGGGAAAUCACAUGAAUCCACCUGCAAGCUUACCUGCAGCAACAUCAUCGGCCCCUUUCAGCUCCACACCACCACCCCUGAACAACCCCCAGCCCCCCCGUCCAGGAAUCCCUCCCACUUCUAUGCAUGGAUACACUCAGUCAGGCCUUGCACCCUCACCAGGAAACUUCAUGCCUCCUCACACAUACCCACACGGCAGACCAGGCUUUGGUCCUCCACCCACAGGACCACCACCUGCAAUGAAACCCACACCACCUCCUCCUGGAGCCCCAGUGACCAGUGCUACACCACCUCCACCCAAAGCAGAUGCUCACUUUGGGGGGGCUGUCAACUCCCUUCCCCACAAUGAUCCCAUCUUCCAGGAGGGGGACAUUGAAUGUCCAGGAGCAUUAACUGGCAAUGGCCCUCAAGCACCAAACAACUUCAACCACGUUGAAAACAAGAUGGCUGGCCAGACUCAGCCUGGGCCACCGAAUCGACACGUGGGUCACUAUCCCUCCCUCCCUCCUGGGUACCAGAACACUUCACACGCAGGCCCCCCCAUGCACCCUCCACAGCCUUACCCCCAGCCCACUCAGCCAUACCAGCAGUCGCUCAGCGGCCCCGGCCCGGCCCAGCUGAGUCCCUCACUGGCAGCCAUGAGCCUCCAGUCCAGCACCCCGGAGGCUCUGAGAGUGGUCAACCUGCUGCAGGAAAGAAACCUGCUGCCACCCACUGCAGUCUCAGCCCCCACACCCUGCCUCCCCCAAGACCUGCAGAAGAUCAACUGCAACCCAGAAGUUUUUCGUAGUACCCUGACCAGCAUCCCUCAGAGCCAGUCCCUACUAAACAAAGCAAAGAUGCCUCUGGGCCUGCUGCUCCACCCCUUCAAAGACCUUUCGCAGCUUCCUGUGGUGACGUCCAGCACCAUCGUCAGGUGUCGGUCCUGCAGAACCUACAUCAACCCCUUCGUUUCAUUCCUAGACCAGAGAAGGUGGAAGUGCAACCUGUGCUAUCGGGUCAACGAUGUUCCAGAGGAGUUCAUGUACAACCCGGUCAGCAGAUCCUACGGCGAGCCACACAAAAGACCCGAGGUGCAGAACGCCACGAUUGAGUUCAUUGCUCCUUCAGAAUACAUGUUGCGGCCCCCCCAACCCGCUGUUUAUCUCUUCGUUUUGGACGUUUCCCACAACGCCGUGGAAACGGGUUACCUGACAGUGUUCUGCCAGUCGCUGCUGGAAAACAUCAACGCGCUUCCAGGAGACUCGCGGACAAAAGUAGGCUUCAUUACCUUCGACAGCACCAUCCAUUUCUACAACCUCCAGGAGGGCCUGUCCCAGCCACAGAUGCUCAUAGUGUCUGACAUUGAAGAAAUCUUUUUACCGACACCAGACAGCCUUCUAGUAAACCUCAAUGAAUGCAAAGAGCUGGUGCAGGAUCUGUUGAAGAGCUUACCAAAUCUGUUCCUGAAGACGAUGGAGACCCAGUCUGCUCUGGGUUCAGCUCUGCAAGCUGCCUUCAAGCUGCUGUCGCCCACUGGGGGUCGCAUGUCUGUCUUUCAGACCCAGCUGCCUAACAUUGGGAUGGGGGCACUCCAGUCCAGAGAGGACCCCAACCAGAGGGCCUCUGCCAAGGACAUCCAACACUUGUCCCCUGCAACGGAUUUCUAUAAGAAGCUGGCCCUGGACUGCUCCGGCCAGCAGGUGGCCGUAGAUCUGUUCCUGCUCAGUGCUCAGUACUGUGACCUGGCAUCUCUGGGCUGCAUAUCCAGAUACUCUGCCGGAAGCGUUUAUCACUACCCCUCCUACCACCAGCAGCACACCCCGGCUCAGGUGGAGCGCUUCCAGAAAGACCUGAAGAGAUACUUAACCAGGAAGAUCGGCUUUGAGGCGGUUAUGAGGAUACGAUGCACCAAAGGCCUCUCCAUCCACACGUUCCACGGCAACUUCUUCGUGCGCUCCACAGACCUGUUGUCGCUCCCCAACGUCAACCCCGACGCCGGCUUCGCUGUUCAGAUGUCCAUCGAGGAAAACCUGGACGACAUGCAGGUGGUUUCCUUCCAGGCUGCUCUGCUUUACACGUCCAGCAAAGGGGAGAGGAGGAUCCGGGUGCACACUUUGUGUCUCCCUGUGGUCAGUUCUCUGUCCGAUAUCUUUGCGGGGGCUGAUGUUCAAGCCAUUACUGGACUGCUGGCUUGCAUGGCCGUGGAUCGGUCGGUGACGGCCAGCCUGAGUGACGCCAGAGACGCCAUGACUAACGCCGUCAUCGACUCGCUGUCGUCUUACCGGCAUUCUGUGCUGACCAUCCAACAGCCUGGGCUGCUGGCCCCCGCCUGCCUCCGGCUAUUCCCGCUUUACAUCCUGGCUCUUCUCAAACAGCGAGCCUUCAGGACGGGCACCAGCACCAGGCUGGACGACCGCGUGUUUGCCAUGUACCAGCUGAAGUACCAGCCGCUCGCCUACAGCGUGCUGAUGAUCCAUCCCGCUCUGUACCGCGUCGAUGACCUGACUGACGAGGGGGCGCUGAACAUCAACGAGCGGACCAUCCCUCAGCCCCGACUGCUUCAGCUGUCUGUGGAGAAGCUCAGCAGGGAGGGAGCGUUCCUCAUGGAUGCUGGAACUGUCAUGUAUCUUUGGAUCGGGAGAAACUGCCACUCAAACUUCCUCACACAAGUCCUGGGAGUCCCGAGUUGCUCCAGCGUGCCUGAGAAUUUGUAUCUCCUCCCGGAGCUGGACACGGCAGAGUCCCAGAGAACCAGAGCCUUCGUUGGAUGGCUCAGGGAUCAGAGGCCGUUCUUCCCCUCCCUUCACAUCAUCAAGGACGAAAGCCAGCUGAAACCUCACUUUAUGCAGAACAUGAUCGAAGAUCGAACGGAGUCGGCCCUGUCCUACUACGAGUUCCUGCUCCACCUCCAGCAGCAGAUCUCCAAAUAACGUGCAAAGGAUCGGUUGAGUGGAGGAAACCUCAGAGCAAGGACUCGUGUGUGUGCAUAUAUAUGUAUGUGUGUGUGACGGCACCAGGAGUCACUCAAGGAUGCCGCUCUCUCCAGCUGUGGUCCACCAUUCUGUCUGAGAACGAGCUGAGCCCGAAAGGAGGCUCGGUCCAGUGGUGCCGAGGCGCAGGGACUCUACGGUGAUGUCAUCCGGCACUUUUCCAAAAAGCGCGUAUAGAAGGAGGAACUUAGAAAAGAAGCUUGUGAUGAUUAUAACGUCAGGAAUUAGAUGAAUCAGUGUUUAUUCUUAUAGAACAAUGCUGUCAAACCGGGGUAUCGUUCAGGUACAGAACAUGCACGCAGGUGUCGGUCCUGCCCGUCUUUAGCGACUGGAGCCAAACCCGAGCGUGCUGGAUGUAGGUCCAGUUCUCAGACCGUGUCUGGACGGCACCUGGAGCCUUUACGUGUGCAGCUCCUGAGUUGUGGCUCCGCUUCAUACUUUGCCUCUUCAGGACUGAGCGUGUUCCUUUAUUUUGACAGUCAUUAUCAGUCAGGUGUCGAACAAAGCGUGGACUGUGAUGUUGAAGACAGGUGGACUCCGCCGUCUGAACCUCAUGUCUCUUUCUGGACAUUCGGAAAAAUCUCCAACAACAACAUCGCUGUUCUGUUUCCUUUCUUUCCUGAUUGUUUAAUUUAUGAGACUCCCAAUCUGAUUAAAUCUGUAAUUGCCUUGUACGGGAACUCACUUUUUAUUAUUAAACCUCCUGUUUAAGUACAGACUCUAUAUAUGAACUAUUUUAAUAUGAUACGGGGAAAUUCUUUAACACAGACACAAAGCCAUUGUGAUCUCUUAAUCAUGCUUAUUAAUACUUGUAUAUUGAAGACUGCGGUAUAUAAAGGUGGAGAAAUGCUGAUGAUUUUAGUAUAAAGGAAAUGAUACUAAGAGAAUAAACUGUCUGGGACUUUUUAAAGGAACUUUUUGUGUUUUGGAUGUCAGACGAUGUUUGUUCCAGAUUUAAAUCAAGGCGGUUUGAUUUAAGGGCUCAGAUUUAGAACCAUUUCAAACUGUUUCAUAAGCUGUUUAUUCUGAAGAAUCUGGUUAGCAGCUCAUAUGUGUCGUAUUUUUGUGUCAGACAAAUGACUUUAAUUCGACAAGAACAGCAAAGUGAGUGAAAUGCAUCUUCACAAUGUACUUCCAUUGAAUGCAUCAGACCGACUCACUGCAACAAAGCUUCUGGCUGGGGGAGGAACAGAGUAUAUGAAGGUAAACUGAAUUAUGGUGGUGGAACCACAGCAAAUAGCAAUAAGCAGACUUUUUUCAUUGCCUUCUUGUCAUCCUGACAUUCAAAUAUGACCCUUUUUCAACAACCACAUUUCUACUCAUGUCUACAAUAAAGACUGUAGUAAAGUAAAUAGUUAAGCUUUUGUAAUUACUUGUAUUUGACUGUAUUAAUUUAUAAAUAAAAAUGCUGAUUUUAGAA